AUGGAUACUGGAACAUUGCUUACGGUAAAGCUGAGAAAAUGUACAAAGGAUAUAGAGUUGCGGUUGCAGAUAAUGCAAAGCAUAGUAAUGGGGAUUUUCCAUUAUACCACCCUUAACCCCUCCCCAGCUCUGCACCAAUCAGAAAUGACAACCCACUUUAAGAAGAACGGCAAAAAGAACGGCAAAAAGCGUGACCAUGCGAGCGCUGGUCACAGCUAUAUCGACAAGCAUCGCAAGCACUUGAGAGGUCGAGGAAACGCUAGAGGCAUGCACCACUACAGGAUUCUUUUCGACAAGUACCACCCUGGGUACUUUGGAAAAGUUGAAAUGAAAAGAAAUAAACAAGAUAGUUUGUGA